AUGGAACCCGAAAUUAUCGACAUAUCGUCAGACGAAGACAACAGCAGCGGGGACACCGAGCCUUUCCCCGGGCCGGGAGCCGCAGGCCGUCCGCGCGACCCACGCCAGGGGCGUGAGUACUAUCGGAGAGAACGGCAAGAAGGACCGCCUCGCCAGUUCCGCCAUACACUAUUCUCCCGGCGGACCAACAUAAUGGAGAGGCUAGACGGGAUGGUGUUGCUGAUGGCAGUCGAGGUCACGACAAUGUUCGUGGAGGCACCAUUCGCCCGGAACUCGCCACCGUACGCGGAAGAGCCUGCAUCUCCGCCCCUCGCAUCCCACUCGGCACAAUCAUCAGAGCCGGCAACCCCAACCGCGGCCGGCGAGAUGGACGAGGAAGAGUCCGCACCGUUCGGAACGGAAGAGCACACACCACCAGCGCAAGACGUGGAGGCGGUAGGAGAAGAGAUAUCCCCGUCGGCCGGAGACGCGGAGUCGCCACCGACGGAGGUGCAGAACGGCAUCCGCACAAACGACUGGGAAGCAGACCUGCCGAGCCUCGACCCAGAACCCUUAGUGGGAGGGGACUCGUCAACGGAGGACGAGGAGGACGAGCCGGAAUUCCGUCGCCGCUUUGCCACCCACCGUCUGGGAGGUAGACCCGGGCAGCCAGUUUCCCAGGAUAACGCUGCGCGCGAAUGGGGGGGUGCCGAAGAAGGCCCCGGCGGAAAGCGCCGACGCAGCCGCCAUCGUCGACGGAGAGCCGCCAGGGGCAAGCGUCGCCGGAGUGGAGGCCAUCGCCGACCCAGUCCCGAGGGAGCAUCCUCGUCGGCCACGAAGAGGCUUCGCACGGAGACCGAGAAGCCCGAAGGAUCGCAGCGGUGCGUGCCGCGUUCGCCCCGCGAGCGCCAGGAGGGUCCUUCCCAGCUCGGGAAGGAUAACCGCCGCUGCAAGAUCGCUUCUCGAGGAGGGCAUCCCGAACCCUGGCCGAUACCGAUUGCGGUCUGCCAGAUGGUCGUGGAGGAGCACCAUCUCAGCACCAAGGACGCGGCGAACUCGGCCGUUUCCACAGCCCGCGCCGAGGCGCCGGACGAAACCUUUCCUAAGGAAUCGGAGGAGGAGUGGCUCGACGACGAGGACGAAAUGCCCGCGCUCGUGCCUAUUGCCCGCGCCGAGACACCCGACACCAUCGCCCGGCGGGAGUUAGAAGACGCCUGGUUCGGCCAAGAAGGCAAGGCGCCAUCCCGAAAAGGUUCCUUCACGGUUCGCCAGGAAGGCCGGGAUGAAGUCUGGUCCGAGGAAGAGGACGCGGUGGUGACGGCUUCGUCACCCAAACUGUCGAGUCCAACCCAGGAUUCCUCCCCCAUGGCUCUAAAGACUCCCACGGAGAGCGAGUUGUGGGACGACAUAGUGGACCUUUUCGACGGCAUCGACGGGUGGGACACUAGCCUGGACUCAGUGCUGGAGGAGGAACCCGACACCGAGGUCGACACGGUCGCCCGCAGCGCCGACGUGAGGUUCACACCGGAGAGCCACCCCAAGAAACCCAACACCGAGGUCGAGGCGAUCGCCCACAGUGCGGACGUUGGGGUAAAGCCGGAGGGCCCCGUCGAGGAACCCGUGCCCGAUUCCACCCCCUCAGGCUGGAAGGUGUUUCCCCUUGGAACACCGUUGUCGUCGGGCGUGGUGGACCUAAUCGCCAGAGAGGCGCGAAUCCGCCGUUUCCGCUGCCGACGUACUCGGUUCCACGUGUCCGACGGGGAGAGCGAGUACAGCGUUACGCUGAACGCGAAAGGCGACGUGACCGUCACCUGUCCGAAGUGA